AUGUCGCAACCGGCAACCACGCUGCCGUCGCGGCCGUCGUCGCCUACAACCCCCUUCAGCAAGGUGCCGAUCGAGGUCCUCCUACGUAUAUCCUCGUACCUGACGACGCCCGAACUGGGCAAUCUUCGAUUGACGUGCAAGUCCAUCGAACAAUCCCUGUUCAACACCUUCAUGAGAGAGUUCUUCACCAAGCGGCAGUUCAUGCUCACAGAACAGAGCUUGCAAGCCCUGGUCGAUAUCAGCAACUCUCGUCUGAGCGACUGCCUCGACCACGUGGUAAUAGGGCUCGAUUUCUUCGACUACCGCCGUUUCUCGCCCAUGGAAGUGGCCCAAGAGAACGCCUACCGCCAGGCCUACGCGGACCAUCGCACCCUUGUCAGCAGUGGCCAGGAUGUAGUAAUGCUCACCGAGGCCUUCCGGAAUCUGAAGAACCUCCAAACCGUCGGAAUUCGAGACUAUCACUCACGCGAGCGUGAGCAUCGUGAUGGCUUCGGCGCCACCUGGGCAAGCUAUGGAGCUACUACCAUCCGCAAGGAGACCGGCGUUGACCUUUUGGCGAAAACCAAUACUCAAGAAGCCCAGGAAUACGCCAAUAAAGUCAUGAUCACCCUAUUCACAGCUCUUGGCAACGCCGGGGCCCGCCCAAAGACAUUCGAAAUGCUCCGUCGACAAUCGUGCAUCCCCAACGACAAUGCCUUCAACCUCUUCACCAAUUACCUUAAGCCUAAGGUCGUCCCUGUCCUUGAGGGUCUCCAGACGUUUAUCCUGGUUGCAAACGUCGGAUCCGGUCCUAAUAGAGGCAUCGCUGUCCCCAUCCCUGGCCAACCGACGCAGAAGGAUCACAAUCGCUACGACUACCUGUUGUGCCACUUCCUCACGCACCUCACGAAUGUCAAGCAUCUACGCAUCAACUUCUUUAACGCACGUGGCGGUAUUGAAAAGCUACUGAACUGGCUGUCGUCGCCGUCGCCGUCGCCGUCGCCGCCGUUGUUGUCGUCGUCGUCGUCGGCGGCGGCAUCCCCGUUGAAGUCGCACCCGCACCCGCACCCGUCGUCGCCGUCUCCGUCGUUGCCAUCGUCGGCAACGUUGACGCCUCCCGCCACUGCGCCGAUGUUAGCACUUCCGCCGUCCCCAAGCUUUGCUUACCUAGAGGAGCUUAAUUUUGGCUUCUGCGAUGUCGAAACCAAGGCUCUCCUUGACGUUGUGCGCAAAUUUGCCGCUAAACUUAAGAGGCUUGAGCUGUACCGGGUCACCCUCAUUAACCGUCAACCACAUAAUCCCAACGACACUGGCGAUGAUUUUCGUGCCCGUUAUAAGUUCAAUGUGUGGGCCAAGAUGCUCAAGAGCCUUCGGGAAGUCCCUGGGCUGGAUUUAGAGCACAUUAAGAUCGCCCUACCCAACCAGAUCUCAGCUGGAAUGCAUGCCCGCGUGUCAUUCUAUGGGAAGGGCAGCAACGAAAAGGAGGCCCCUGCGCAAGAAUACACCGGUAUUGACUGGAAGCACUAUGUGGGCGAAUUGGCUCAGCGCGUCAAACCGGACCCCCCUCCGUCCUAUCCGGGCUACGACGACGACGGCGACGACGACGACGAUGAGGAGGACGACGAAUUCGAUACCGACGUGGGCGACAUGAUGGAUGAUGCAGAUGAGGUAGAUGACGAAGAAUAG